AUGUACCUUUAUGCGGUUAGUGGACAAAUGUUAAUAGAGGACUUAGUUAAUGGAUUUUAUGUAAUCUUUCCUGUACAAAAAUUCCAACUUCCAACAAAACUUUUCCAGAUUAAAAAGUUAAAAGCCAACCAUAAAAGUUACAAAAUUUAUCCCGCUUGGAGAGGCAUCGUGUAUUUGAUGGCAUCUUCAAUAUUGAUGAGCCUGACACAAUAUCACAUUACAAAUCUAGAAAUUGCGAUCCAAAAAAAACAAGCAAAAAUAAGGAGUCUGAUAGAGAAAGUUUUAUUUUAA